AUGGCUUCGGGCUACGGUCAAGUCUCCGGCAGCAAUCAGGCCGAGCAAGGGAAGAACAAGAUGUUUGUAGUCGCCGGCUCCUCCAUCAUCCUCGUUGCCUGUGUGUUCGCCGUCACGGUGAGCGUCUCACGGCAUGGCGCGGACAGUUCCUCCGGUGGCGGCGCCACCCUUCAGACGACCUCGAAGUCGAUCCAGUCGAUCUGCCAGCCGACCGACUACAAGCAGGAGUGCGAGAGUUCGCUCGUCGCCAGUGGCGCCGACAACGAGACGGACCCCAAGAAGCUCGUCCAGAUGAUCUUCGACGCGACGAUCGAGCGGGUCCGCGAGGGCAUGAACCACUCCUCCCUCCUCCAGAAGGCGGCUGAGGACCCGCGGACGCAAAAGGCGCUCGAAGCCUGCAACGAGCUGCUCGACUACGCCGUCGACGACCUUCGGAACUCCGUCGAGAAGUUCGCUAGCAUGGAGAUGAGCAGAGUCGGCGAGGCCGUGGACGACCUCAGAGUCUGGCUCAGCGCCGCCAUCACUUACCAGCAGACGUGCCUCGACGGAUUCGAGAACACGACGGGGGACACGGCGGAGUCGAUGGCCAAAGCCCUCAACAGCUCCGCCGCACUCACCAGCAACACGCUCGCCGUCGUCGACGAGAUCUCCUCCGUGCUCAAUUCCUUCCAGAUCACCCCGAUCAACAGACGACUGCUCUCGUCGGAGGACGAGGAGUUCCCCGCGUGGGUCCACGGCGCGAAGCGCAGGCUGCUCGCGCUCUCGCCGGAGCAGAUAGAGCCGAACGUGACGGUGGCGAAGGACGGCAGCGGCCAGUUCAAAACCAUCGCGGAAGCAGUCGCCGCAGCGCCAGAUAAUUCCGACCAAGUAUUCGUGAUCUACGUCAAAGAAGGCGUGUACCAGGAAUACGUCCAGGUGGACCGGAAGAAGAUGAACUUGGCGAUGAUCGGCGACGGCGCCACCAAGACAAAGAUCACCGGAAACUUGAACUUCGUCGACGGCACGCCGACCUUCAAAACCGCCACUCUCGGGGUGGUCGGAGACGGGUUCAUCAUGAGGGAUUUCGGGGUGGAGAACUCGGCGGGGGCGGCGAAGCACCAGGCGGUGGCGCUGCGGGUGCAGUCCGACAAAUCGGUGUUCUACCGCUGCCAAAUGGACGGCUACCAGGACACGCUCUACGCCCACACCAAGCGACAGUUCUACCGCGAAUGCACCAUCUCCGGCACCAUCGACUUCCUCUUCGGCGACUCCCCGACCAUCUUCCAGAACUGCCUCCUCCUCGUCCGCCGCCCCCUCGACAACCAGCAGUGCAUUUGCACGGCGCAGGGGCGGAAGGACCGCCGCGAGGCCACCGCCAUCGUGCUCCACAACUGCACCAUCAGUGCCGACGAGUCGCUGAAGCCGGAGCAGGGGAGGUUCCUGGUCUACCUGGGGCGGCCAUGGAAGGAGUACUCGCGCACGCUAGUCGUGCAGUCGCAGAUCGACGACCUCAUCGACCCCGCCGGGUGGAUGCCGUGGCUCGGCGAUUUCGGCCUGAACACCUGCUUCUACGCCGAGGUCGAUAACCGCGGCCCCGGCAGCGACACCGCCAAGAGGGCGACCUGGAGGGGCGUCAAGAAGGUAGACCUCGGCCACGCACAAAUGUUCACGGUGAGCCAUUUCAUCCAGGGCGACACCUGGCUGCCGGCCACCGGCGUUCCUUUCACGCCGGGAUUGCUGUAG